AUGGAAGAUAUCGUGCUAUAUACUUAUUUCCCCUAUAAAUUGAAGCAAAAAAUCCUAUUCUGAUUUAAAGGGGGCUAAUUUUGUUUUUUAAAAAAAAUUCUCUUUAAAAAAAAAUUUUUAAAAUAUAAAAAUCUUUAUUUAUGAAGAAAUAAUUUUAAAAGCUAAUCAAUUCAGUGUAAAAACUGUUUAAAUAGUCAAAAUUAAUUUAUAAAAUUAAGUAUUUCAUCUUUAAUUUUUUUAUAACAAUUUCUUUUAGAAUUUAAAAAAAUAUGAAUUGAGCAUAAUACUUUGAAUUUAUUUUUGAAGAAUUAAAUAAAAAAAUAAUCGAUUCAGUGUGAAAACUUUUAAAUAGCGUUCUCCUUGUAUUUUGUUUAUUAAAUUAAGCCAAAACUAGUUCGUUUUUUUAUCGAUAAAAUAUUUUUUAUUUAAAAAACAAGCUUUGUUCCAAUAUAUAAAAGGGCUAAAUACCUAAAAAAUGCAAAUUUUCCAAAUUUUUUUCCAAUUAAAAGAAGGGGAGCUAUGGAAACACUUACGAUCCAGUGACUCAAAUAGCCAAACUAUGGCACUCUCUUUAUGAACUCGAAAACUUCCAAGAACUGCACUCAGAUUAUUAUUGGAAUGGCUUAGGCGACCUCCCCAUUCUAAGAUUCAACAAGUCUUUUUUCACAAAUGACCAUAUUCUCCCGUUCCUGAAAAUCGCUUUUGACUGCAAUUUUGAUUUUUCCGAAGAAGAGAGGUUGGAAUCUGACUUAAUUGAAGAGCAAUGCAUCAGUAAGCUUCAUCCUGCUACAACUUAUGCUAAAUGGAUGGAAGAGGAUACUUCUAAAAACUUUUUCUAUUCCAGGGGCAAUUUCUUUUGGAGAUUGUUGAAGCUGCCUUUUGAAAAACUAAGCUUUAUUAGUGAAAAAAGGCAUAUCAGAGAAUAUCUGCUGAGGCAGCACAAUAUUACGAAUAGAAGAGACUGUUACUAUCAAGCUGAAAAAGCCCAUGAGCUAUUAAGUCAAAAAUUAGGUGAAAAACCCUUCUUUUUCAGUAAGCCUGGAAGAAGAGAGUUUCCAAGAAGCACAGAUAUUGUGGUUUAUGCAUAUUUAAUGGAAGAAUUAAAUCAUAUUGGAGAUCAUUUUAAUGUCAAAGAUUCAUUAUCAAAAUACGAAAAUUUGUUAGGGUUCCUGAAAAGGAUGGAUAAAGUUAUUUCAAUGAAAAGCACAGAAGAUGGCAACAUAAAUUAUACUCUAGUUUACAGCUAUUUUUUACAGCCGCCUUCGGAGUGCAAAGAGGAAUAUUUUCCUCCUAAAAUUUAUUUUAAUGUUUUGAAGCGUCCUGAGAAAUUUUGGUAUACGUUGAAAUAUCAAAGUGGCGAGAAAAAGAAUUAUGAAGAGAAAACGGUUGCGAAAGAUAUUAUAGCAAAUAGAUAUUGGAAUGCUGGAGCUGCGCUGACUUUUAUCCUUUUUCUUGCGAUAAGAACUAAGUAA